AAGAGAAACCUCAGCAUUGUGGCCGCAGCCUCCGCCGUGGGGCCUCCGUUUCCGACCGCCAUUGAAGCUCGUUCAAGACUUUUACUUCGCUCUUCACAAGGUUUGAAGCUGUUUCCAUCUGAAAUUGGCACAUCCUUUUUGUUAGUGAACGAAUAGAGUAUCAGAAAAAUGCUUAGAAGAAGGCUUUCUGUUCUCUCGACGACAAUCAUUAGAAGCUCAAAUCACUGCAAACCCAUUCUCAGAUACCCAUCUAUCCAAUUUCAUCCCUUGCAGCUCCCUCACUCUCUCAAUGCUCAUGGAGCAUAUAAUCCCAAGACACUCCUGGAUUUUCAAGGUUUUAGAGCUUAUAGUCUUCUGAGCUUGAAUGAUUUGAGAGAUAAGGUUCCCAGAAAACAGAAGACGAGGAAGGGCCGUGGUAUUGGGUCUGGGAAGGGGAAAACUGCUGGGAGGGGUCACAAGGGUCAGAGAGCUAGAAGUGGUGCCAAAUUGGGGUUUGAAGGAGGCCAGACCCCUCUACGUCGAAGAGUACCCAAACGUGGGUUCAAGAACCCAUUUAGCCUUACUUUUCAGCCAAUAGGUUUGGGAAGAAUUGCAAAGCUUAUCAAUGCUGGGAAGAUAGAUUCCUCUGAACUGAUCUCAAUGAAAACACUAAAGGAUGCAGGUGCACUAGGGAAGCAAAUGAAAGAUGGAGUAAGAUUGAUGGGCCGUGGUUCAGAGCAGAUCAAGUGGCCAAUUCAUCUAGAGGUGUCAAGGGUCACUGCUAGGGCUAAGGAAGCAGUUGAAGCAGCUGGUGGGUCUGUGAGAAGAGUGUAUUACAAUAAGUUGGGCUUGCGGGCACUCCUGAAGCCUGAGUGGUUUGAAAAGAAAGGAAGAUUGUUGCCUAAAGCAGCUAGACCUCCUCCAAAGCAAAUGGAUAAAGUUGACAGCAUUGGUCGGUUGCCCGCCCCAACAAAGCCGAUUCCAUUUUUAGUUGAAGGAAGCAAGGAUCUUCCAGUUCAUCAUCUUAGCUAAAUAAUUAACAUGUUUGGUUCCAUUUUUUUAGGAUUUUGUAAUUCUUUUUGGUGUAAACUGUUUGACUCAGGUUAUUUAUGCAGUUUCUUGCAAUGUUCUAAGGUAAUUAAUUCAGAAUGAGAUGAAUGAAUUUCCUUGGGGACGAAUGAAAUGGAUAAAUCUUCUUGUUUCUAUACCAUUUCUUUUAGGAACUGAUGUUGGUGUAUGUGCGCUGAGAGUAGGAACUUAGGCUCUACAUUAUGGAAAAAUUGCAAGCAAGAACACUGUUCAAUAUUUCAUUUUUCUCCGAGUAUUGAUGGUACUUGUCAGAUGACUUUGGUGAGUUUUAAUAAAAAUAGAUGAUUGUU